AGGCUAACUUGGACGCAAGUUGGACAUUCCGCCCCCUUAGCGCUUUAACUCCGCCUCUUUCACCUAAUUGGCUAUUUUUGCCAAACAUUAUCAUGUGACAGGUGUUCACAGGACAAGCAGGAAGAAUACGAAAGCGCAUUCAGGAUGGCAGCCUUUCUCUUGUGUCUUCUCCUGGCUGCUCCGGUGCUGCUGGUGACCUCCAGCCCAGUUCGUGACUCCAGCAAUGGCACCGUACCACUGGUGCUGUGGCACGGGAUGGGUGACUCCUGUUGUAACCCAGUCAGCAUGGGCUACAUAAAGAAAAUGGUGGAGCUGGAGAUCCCAGGCAUUUAUGUGCUCUCAGUGAUGAUUGGGAAAAACGUAGUGGAGGACACAGAAAAUGGGUUUUUCUCAGAUGUGAAUGAGCAGGUGUCCACGGUGUGCGCUCAGCUGGCUCAGGACCCCGAGUUGAAGGGCGGAUACAAUGCGAUGGGCUUCUCCCAGGGGGCGCAAUUUCUGAGGGCUGUGGCUCAGCGCUGUCCCUCCCCACCGAUGAAAAACCUGAUCUCCAUCGGCGGCCAGCACCAAGGUGACACCUUAAUGAUGACCUUCCAAACAAGCUGGCAACUCCCCUUGUGUGUUGUUGAAUCCUCAGGUGUGUACGGGCUGCCCAGGUGUCCUGGAGAAAGCUCUAAAAUCUGCGACAUGAUUCGCGAAGCUCUGAAUAAGGAAGCUUACUUAGGCUGGUUUCAGAAGCACCUGGUGCAGGCCCAGUACUGGCACGACCCUUUGAACGAUGACCUCUACAAGAAGAACAGCCGAUUCCUGGCCGACAUCAAUCAGGAGCGGGCAGUGAACGAGACCUACAAGAAGAAUCUUCAGCAGCUGGAGAAAUUCGUCAUGGUCAAGUUCCUGCGGGACUCUGUGGUGGAUCCUGUUGAUAGUGAGUGGUUCGGCUUCCUGAAAACCGGCCAGUCCAAAGAGACCGAGACGCUGCAGGAGAGUGUUCUCUACAAAGAGGAUCGUCUGGGCUUGGCUGCGAUGGACAAAGCUGGAAAGCUGGUUUUUCUGGCCGCUGAUGGCGACCACCUCCAGUUCAAUCAAGAGUGGUUCAAGGCCAACCUGGUGCCUUAUUUACACUAAAGCAGAUGCAUACUGAUAAUUUCAUAGAUUUUUGUAUCAAGAGAAAUAUAACACAGGUUUUACAGGAAGCUCAAGCUUGGCAGAAAGCAUCAUUCACUCCUUUUUGCACCUGAUUACUUCAGCUUGCUGACUUUAAACUGUCUUGUGAGGCCAUCAUAAUUCUAGCAGCUGUCAUUUUAAAUGUGCAGUUUACUGAUGAGGUCAAACACUGUUCAUAAUUCCUGGCAGAUUUUAACUGGUUGUAUUUUGUAUUUUUUUUUGGUCUAAUAUGGAUCCUUUAACUGUGAAAUAAUGCUUCUGUAAAAAUCAAACAUUCAGCCAAUAAAGACACCCAAAUACGUUCA